GAAUUGUGCAGCAAAUAUCUAGUUUUGAACGAUGCAACUUCUAUCCUGUUUUCCGUAUAGAACUGGCGCUCCUAGCAUCACCAUAGGCCAUGGAUCGAUAAACAACAGAAAAAUGGCUUACGCCUACUCAAGACUAUUCCGUACAGCACUGAGUCUAGAUUCGUUUUCAAGAAUUAAUUGAGAGCGCCACUGGGAGCAGAUCCCUCAAGGCCUCCCAGCACAAAUGUGCGCCGACGCAAGUAAAUACCAGGGAGCGCGAGCUGCUCCUUGAGUCCUUACUGGACGUUCCCACGGGCCAAUAACUGCCCACUUCUAGACUACUUCUCAUGCGUUUAGAAGAUGCAUAGGAACUCAUAUGGCCUCUAGGAGCCUUAGAGAUGAGCCUUCCUCAGCCAAUAUGAUGUGGUCCCGUCAGGUUAGUCGAUAUCGAUUAUCUCGCCGUUACUCUCCACCUCGAAGAUGGAGAACUGCUGUGCGAUUAUUGUUUCUUUUAUGCGCAAUCACUUUGUGCUUUAUGACUUUGACUUCCCUUGCACCCGAGCUAUACAUAAAAGAGCGACGAAGCGAAUACAAUACCCCGCCGAUGACCGGAAACCCAAAUCUCAAAGAAAACAAAGUCCUUCAGGAUUCCCAGCCAGCGAUGAUGAUUCCGGAAGCAGAUAUACUACCUGAGCUAGAUCCUGUAGAGAAACAUGAUUUGGUUAUGGAUCCGCCGCCAGGAAUACGAGAAGGCCAUAGUAGGCGUAUUACUACUUCACACCUCCAAACAAAAAAAGAUGGAAACGUUGCUCAUAUUAGAGCUGGGCUUGAGUACAUCCUGUCGAUAAUGCCGGAUGAAAUCCAUAUUAGGGAAUUGUUGAAACCGAUCGAGGGGACUGGGAAGGAGAAACUGCGAGAAGUCGGGCUGAGAACGAGAGCAUAUAACCGCUAUUUCCAAGCCUGGGAAAAUCUACAUAUUCUUGCAGAGGGUGGCAUCAUGUAUGUGCGCGAUGAUAUUAUACAGUAUCUACGAACUAACCCAAAAGCGCUGCCAUCAUCAUCAACUUUCGCUGAGACCGUUCAUCUGUAUGAAUCGUAUCGCUCCUUUUCACAACGUUUGGCGACACAUCUCUUCCCAUGGACUUCCCCUGUUUUCCCCGGCCACAUGCAUCUCCAUGUGAACUUUCAAAAAGGAGGUCGAGGGAUUGUUUCCACAGCGGGAAAUAAGCAAGCACCUUACCUACUUGUAUCGAUUAAAUCUUUUCGACGACUUGGUUGCAAUUUACCCAUUGAGAUCAUGUAUCUAGGUGAUGGCGAUCUGGGCGAAGAUUAUCGUGCCCAACUGGAAAUGCUCCCAGGGGUUAUUACAAGAGACCUUAGCCAGAUGGUAAAUGAUGAGGGAUGGGAGCUCAAGGGCUGGGCAGCCAAACCCUUCUCUAUGCUACUCUCGAGUUUCCGGGAGGUCCUUUUCGUCGACGCCGAUGCACUUUUCCUACAGAAUCCGGAAGAACUCUUCGAAGAAAAAGCAUAUACAGAAACAGGCGCUUUAUUCUUCAAAGACCGGCGUAUCAUGCCAGAAUCGAAAAAGGAGUGGCUGCAACAAAUUCUUCCCAGGCCCAUAUCUAGGAACGCCAUGGCGACCAGAUUUUGGACAGGCGAGAGCGGCCAUAUGCAAGAGUCCGGGGUUGUAGUGAUCGACAAGUGGAGACAUUUUAUGGCAAUGUUGCUUGUAUGCAGGAUGAACGGCUCUGAUCGAGACGGGAAUAAAGACGAGAAUAAAAUUGGUGUGUACGAUAUGGUUUAUGGUGAUAAAGAAACAUUUUGGAUUGGUUGGGAACUAGUUGGAGACACUCAAUAUGCAUUUUAUGGUGGAGCUACAGGCAUUAUUGGAAAGAUUGAGGAUCGUGGUUCAAAGGCUAAGGACGAGGAGACCCCGCCCAAAGAUGAAAUUACCCUCCAGCAGGACUCCAAAAACGGGAGACGGGCAUCGUUAGAAGGAAAUGAGCAAAAGCCAGAAAACUACACAAUCUGCGGCCCCCAGCUACUACACUUGGAUACCAAUGGCAUGCCGCUGUGGUUCAAUGGAUGGCUUCUAAGCAACAAAUACGCCGAUAGCAAGAAGCGGAAGCCAGCCGAGUUCGAGGCAUACAUGGUGGAGCCAGCUAUUCCCGGGGAAGUUGAUGCGUGGAAGCUUACUGAGAGCAACAUUUGUUGCUUGACAGCCGAUCGUACUUUUCCUGUAGAUGACUCUGACAGGGAGACUGUGAAGAUGCUCAUUGAUUUAGCCAAGGAAGUGGAUGCUGUUAGCAAGCGCUAGAGAAACUUCAUCCCACCCUGUGCCAAUUGAUAGCCGUGCUAGUCAAAAUAAAUCCGAACUUGGCAGCCAAUGCUUUUCGGACCAUCUAUCCUCGCCUGGAGUACGAUGACCCUCGAUUAGGACUGAAUGACAAGUCACUUAAUCGUAGUGUAUGCCAAUGAGCAACAACUCCGGCGAGAAACACAUGCCCUAACGAUGGAUUGAGCAUUUAUCAUAGGAUGAACAAGCCGAGUGCUA